AUGUAUGACUCUGAUGGAGCAAUGACCAAUUUGGCAAAAAUGUGGGCUCUGACAGAACCCAACAUUGAGGCUCAAAACACAACUCUGUCAUCUGAUGUCCUUGCUAAUGUAUAUGCAAGAUCUGCAAUCAUUGCUUUGCCAGGAUGCACAUACUCCGGGAAAUCAGCAAAUCUGACAGUAAUCAACACCAUCAACAGCACCGCUUCAACCAAUAUCAAUUUCACAGUGCCACAGUGCCGCCUGAAACGUGAUCUUGUUGUGGUAAAUAGCGCUGCGUCCGGUAACGUACAGACUGUCAAUGUGGGUUACCAGGUUAAAAGUCUGCUUCCAAGCACCAAAUAUGUGGCCUACUAUACUGUUGAAAAUACAAUUUUCACAAAUAUAUCCUUCACAACAAAUUCUGACAGUGCUUCGCCCAGUGAUACCUUUGCUCGAAGUGGUGGAAUGGUGGUGAUCACGGUCCUAUUAUCUAUUGCAAUGGUCCUGCUAGUUGUUCUCCUUAUUCUUGUUCUUGUGAUGAAAGGGGGCUUAAAGAAAUAAACACAUGAAGGGACUUGGUUGUGUUAACAAGAUAUCAUAUGGAUCUAUUACGACAUUUACUCUCUAGAACACAGUUGACCCAGAGGGUGAUUGAUUGGGUAUUCACGAGCAUGGCAUAAUUAAUUGUGUCGAUGCAUGGGUUUUUUUCAACAGUAGAUUACCCAGUCCCAUGUUCAACUAUUUGUUUUGUGCUUUACUGUUGAUUUAAAUAUUUUGUUACAUUUUUGUAUUGUGUUUUUUUUUAUAUACAAUCUAUGGAUUUGUGUUAGAUUUUGUCACUGACUCGAGUUACUGCAUGUUAUUACUGAAAUUAGACAUCCAAGGACUAGCAGUGACAUAAUGUAUAAAUAUGUCAAUAUAUGAUAUAUCCAGUUAGUUGGUCUAAACUAGAGUGCACAAUUCGAGACUUUUCUGCUCUUGCUCUGCCUUUCAGUAAAGCUAGACUCAUUUAACUAA